AUGGGGAAGCUGAUCAAAUUUUGGGGACAGGAGAAGCGGUUAACCCGACGGAAGAGGCUCCAAUGGAAUCGAGUCCUUUUCCUUUUGGGCAUGAUACUAAUUGGCUCUACUUACCAGUUUUUGAGGAGCCACUGGGCCCUGCCUACACUGUGGACAGCCAGGUAUUCCCAGCACCCUGUGAAAAUGGCCAGCCGGGACCUUCCUAACAGUGAAACAGUAACAUCGGACAGUGACCAUCAGAAAUCCAAUCUAGAAAUGGGGGGCAGUACUCUGGAUCCCCAAGUUACAGAAGACAGGGACAAGUUAACACUCCCAGCAACUGUGGCAAAGAAAAACCUAAAUACACCCAGGACAAUAGUGAAUAACUCUAGCCCAGUGACUCCAGUGACACCUAGGAAAAGGAAGAAAAAUUAUACCUUAACAACAGAGCAAAUAGUGAAGUAUACUCCAACAACAUUCAAUAGAAAUAUUCAGAACUCUACCUCGACUACACCUAAAAGAACUGAGAACUACAUGAUUACCCCCAAGGCAACAGUGAAAAACAUCGACACAAUGACAACUAGGAAAACAGUGGAAAAGAGGCUUCUGGCUACCCCCAAAAGGACAGUGGAGAAUACCCCAGGGACCCCCAAAGGAAUAGUUGGGAACACCCCAACUAUUCUAAAAAGAAUAAUAGAGAACACUGUCUCACCUUCUCCAAUAAAAGUAGUGGAAAAAACAACUCCAACUGUUCCUAAAAGAAAAAAGGAGAAUACUCCAGCUGCUCCCAAGAGGGUAGUGGAGAAGAACACUCCAACUACCCCCAAAAGACUAGUGGAGACAACCCCAACUUCUCCUAAGAGGGCAAUGGAAAAGAACACUCCACCUAUCCCCAAGAAAGUAGUGGAGAACACCCCAACUGCCCCCAAGAGAGUAGUGGAGAAGAAGAAUUCAAAUACUUCUAAGAGAAGAGAAGAGGAAAAUUCCCCGACUGUUCACCAAACAAUGAUAAAGACAAGCACUAUGGUACCCAGCACGACAGUGGAGAACAAUACUUCUCCUGGAUUGAGUAUUGUGAAUACACCAACCAGAGCUAGAGUACUGACAUCAAGAACCUCCUCAGCCAGGGCGAUGAUGAAGAGAACCUCUACAGCCCCUAUCUGGGAAGGAGCACAUAACACAACAUUGUCUGCCAUGGGCAUCAUUUCCCCUACCGCCCAGAUCCGGCACUGUGUAUUUGUAGAACCUGUCCCAACAGUUCCUGCCAGCCUCCCCCCUUCAACAGGCAUGACCCCUUUCUCUGAUAAAGCUAGCCAUAGCUCUCCUGCAGCCCCUAAGCGGUUAGACCUUCACCCCAAGGCAGAAUACCCUCCAGACCUGUUCAGUGUGGAGGAGCGGAGGCAGGGUUGGGUGGUCCUACACCUCUUUGGAAUGAUAUAUGUGUUUGUGGCCUUGGCCAUUGUGUGUGAUGAAUACUUUGUCCCAGCCUUGGGGGUCAUCACCAAUAAGCUACAAAUCUCCGAGGAUGUGGCUGGAGCCACCUUCAUGGCAGCUGGUGGCUCUGCUCCUGAGCUCUUCACCUCACUCAUUGGUGUUUUCAUCUCCCACAGCAAUGUGGGCAUUGGGACAAUUGUGGGCUCUGCUGUGUUCAACAUCCUCUUUGUCAUUGGUACUUGUGCCCUAUUCUCCAGAGAAGUCCUCAACCUCACGUGGUGGCCCCUAUUCCGAGAUGUCUCCUUCUAUAUCUUUGACUUGAUGAUGCUCAUCCUCUUCUUCUUGGACAGCCUGAUCACCUGGUGGGAGAGCUUAAUGCUCCUCAUGGCCUAUGCCUUCUAUGUCUUUACCAUGAAGUGGAACCGACAGCUUGAAGUCUGGGUUAAAGAACAGCUCAACAGGAGGACAAUGGCCAAGAUUAUGGUUGGGGCAGGCCUCAGCAAGACAGGCAAUGGGGACAUCCCUGUGGAUGAUGUGGAAGAUAGCAAGAAAGCAAAGCUCCCGUCCACUCUGACCCGAGGAAGCAGUGCAGCCUCGCUACACAACAGCACCAUUCGCAGCACCAUCUACCAGCUCAUGCUGCACACCCUGGACCCCCUAGGGGAAGAAGAAGCUGCAGAGCCCGAUGAGCUCCCAUCAGUCAAAGUUUCUCCAGCCUCUGCUGUGCAGACUGCCAAAGAUCAUGAUGAACCAACCCCUGAUGGGCAGGAGGGCUCAGACACUGGAGCAGAUGAUAAAGGUGAAGAUGAAGCUGAAGGUGAAGGUGAAGCUCUAGAUGAAAAUGAAGAUGAUUCUGAGGUUGAAACUAAAGGUCUAGAGGAAGUUGAAAACCAAGCAGUAGAAAAUAAUGAAGAUGAAGGUCAAGAUGAAACCAAAGGUGAAGAUGAACCUAAAGGUCAGGACAAAGAUGAAACUCAAGGUGAAGGUGAUGCUGAGGAUGACACCGGAGUUUUAGAGGAAGUUGAAAACCAAGGAGUAGAAAUUAGUGAAGUUGAAGGUGAAACCAAAGUUGAAGAUGAACCAGAAGGUCCAGAAAAAGAUGAAACUCAAGGUGAAGAUGAAGGUGAAACCCAAGGGGUCAAUGAUGAUGAAAUUGGAGGGGAAGAUGAAACUCAAGGUACAGAGGAAGGUGACAAGAAGGGUGAAGAAGACCAUGGAGAGGGAGGUGCAGUGGAAGGUGCAGAAAGAGAUGAAGAAAGUAGAGAAGGUGGAGAAGGUGAAGAAGAAGGUGAUGAGAAGGGUGAAGAAGACCAUGGAGAGGGAGGUGCAGGAGAAGGUGCAGAAAGAGAUGAAGAAGGUAGAGAAGGUGGAGAAGGUGAAGAAGAUGAAGUAGGUGAUGAGAAGGGUGAGGAAGACCAUGAAGAGGGAGGUGCAGGGGAAGGUGAAGAAAGAGAUGAAGAAGGUGAAGGUAAAGAAGAAGGUACUGGAGGAGGGGCAGAAGAAGGUGAAGAAGGUGGAGAAGGUGAAGAAGAUGAUGAUGACAGUGAAGAUGAGGAUGAGGAUGAGGAAGAAGAUGAAGAGGAAGACGAAGAAGAAAAUGAGGAGCCUCUGUCACUAGAAUGGCCUGAAACAAAGAGUAAACAGGCCAUUUACCUCUUCCUUUUACCUAUCGUUUUCCCCUUGUGGCUGACAGUUCCAGAUGUCAGAAAACCGGAAUCUAGGAAAUUCUUUGUGAUCACAUUUCUGGGCUCCAUCCUGUGGAUAGCCAUGUUCUCCUACCUCAUGGUGUGGUGGGCUCAUCAGGUUGGUGAAACAAUUGGGAUUUCUGAAGAAAUAAUGGGCUUAACAAUCCUAGCAGCAGGCACUUCCAUUCCUGACCUCAUUACAAGUGUUAUUGUUGCCAGGAAAGGGCUAGGAGACAUGGCUGUGUCCAGUUCAGUGGGCAGCAACAUAUUUGACAUCACUGUGGGUUUGCCAGUUCCUUGGUUACUCUUCUCUGUCUUCAACGAGUUACAGCCUGUUCCAGUGAGCAGCAAUGGCCUAUUCUGUGCGAUUGUUUUGCUCCUUCUCAUGCUCCUGUUUGUGAUCUCCUCGAUAGCAUCCUGUAGAUGGAGGAUGAACAAAAUCCUAGGGUUUACCAUGUUUCUCCUUUACUUCAUCUUCUUGAUUGUCAGUGUAAUGUUAGAAGAUCGAAUCAUAUCCUGUCCCAUCUCUAUCUGAGUCAUCUCGAGGCUGCUACCAUCAAAUGAAGAACAAAUGAACAUGUGAUACUCCUCUGUGGAUCACUGCAUUUCCCCAAGGAUGAACUCCACCCAUGGGGCUGUUGCUUGAGAGGGUGUCUGGCAAUUUUAACAGUAAGCGAUGUCAGGAACCAAAGGCCUGAUGGCGACUUGGUUUCAUACUUGGCUGAUGGAAUAUUCUUCCCUGAGGGGCUCUCCCUCAGACCUCAUGUUUCACAAUCAGCACACUGAGGCUGUACGGGUGCAACUGAAAUUAGAGAACUAUUUUUUUUAAAUGAAGGGUAGGUGAAAGGGGCUAUUGAAGCUAGCCUUUCCCACUACGGUAUUCCCUGGCCACAUCUGAGGAACCACUGGAGCCUCCUAAUUUUACAAAUCUUUUUUAGGCUCUAAACCAGA